AUGGUGACUGGGAUGUCCUCGAAGAACGCCUCGCUUUCGGUAACAGCCCUGGGCUACGAUCACCGCUUCGACCUGACCAGCGCCACCUGGCUACUUGCAGGCAUUGCAGGAGUAGACCCCAUGUUUGGCACGGUUGGCGGAGUUGCAUGGAUGCGUCGGCUGGUGGAUGGGACGGUGGUGAGGUACCUCAACGCACGAGAAAUGCCAGAGGAUUGGGAAACUGGCUGGAUCCCGGUGAACCGAGACCGGCCGUAUGGUUCACCUCCACAGACCGCGGGGGACCGUGCUGGCUCUGUGAAGGUGUUGAACCCAGACUUGGUGCUGUGGGCAAACAACUUGACGCACUCCCUGCAGCUUCCAGACACGGAGGACUUGAGGCGUGCGCGCCGGGACUAUGCUCCAACCUUCCCAGCUGCUGCACAGGCUCCCUCUGUGCAAAUUGGGGAUCUUGUAGCAACUGAUGUCUUCUGGACAGGACCGGCGCAAGCUGGUUGGGCCAGAAAUUGGACAAAGUAUUGGCUGCCAGCCAGCGCAGAUGCUUGGGGCGGGAAGGGCGUCUUCGCUAUGUCUGCGAUGGAGGAUUUCGCAGUGGCCGAGGCAAUCCAAGCCCUGCAGCGAGCGCGCAGAAGCCGGGGUGUGGAGGCCCUACUCGUGCUCCGAGCUGCGAGCAACUUUGUGCAGCCACCGCCUGGACGUCCUGCCAGUGCAGACAUGGACCUUCUGCUACAGCCUGCCUGCGAGGCAGCAUUCCUAGCAGGCUCAGAAGUGGUUCGAGCACUGAUCUCGAGGAAGAGCAGUGCUCUCCAGUCUCAUGCAGCAUCGCUGUUGCAACAUGCGCUAGACUGCUUGACAUGA